AUGCCACCGGCUGACUGUCGCCGGCUGACCAGUCUGGAUGUCUGUCGACGACUGUGCGUUAGUCGUGUGAGGCGGCGGGAGGCGGUGAAACUGUUCACCAAACAGCUCAGCUGUGUAAACACAUACAGGGCUGAAGUGGCAUCGUUGCGCCCGCGCGCAAGUGUUCCAAGGACGUACAAAUGUCGUCGUCUCCUCGGCAACACCCGGCGCCGUAAGCGCCGUCCAAAAUCACCGGAUCCAUUUCGCUCACCUCGGUGGCUGGCUUCCACCGGCUGGUUGCCCUCGGUGGACGGCCGUCGCUAUUGUUGUCUUAAUUCGUUACUCGACACCCUUUAA